AGGUUUUAGCGUACUUUAAUUACUCCUUUUUUUUUCAAAUUUACAGAUUUACAAAUUUACUUUGGGAAUAGUUAUAGUGGUUGCACAAGUCUGCACACCCUCAUAUCUGGAAUGCCGCAACUCAGAACACAACCGCCACCUUUAAGAGUGCCUCGUCUUUAAACACAAAUAAAGUCCAGGUCUUUCUAGUAAUCUUUUCCCAGCAUUCCAACACUUUCUCACAGAAGCCUGAAUGUUUUGUGCCAACCGUUCAAUUCUUUUGUUGGAUCUGAAGAAUGACAGUUCCAAAGCAAAUUGUGCCACCAUCAAACUUCACUGGCCCCAAAGUUCAACCUUGGUUUUGUCAGACCAUAGCGGUUUAUUAUAGUUCGAUGGAACCAAGGUUGUCGUUUUUGGCAAUAAUUACAAAGGGUGUACAGGUUACACGUCGUAUGAUUGGUGGAGAUUUGGGAAAUAUUUUGAAAUCAUACAUCAGGGCAGGCACUUAGUGAAUUUUUUAACCUGUGUAUAAAUUAAAAGAAUAAACAAGUCAAGGGAAGUUUCUCUGUUUUAUGGAUUCUAGACACAGAAGAAGAAGAAGACACAAAGGAACUCUAAUAGUAACGUCAUGAUAAUAAUCGUAUAUAUCACCCAGAAAAAAAGAAAAAGAAAAGAAAAAAAAACAUGAGGGGUUCAACGACAGUAUCUGGCAACCCGGCAGCCUGGCCUGUGAGCACUGAAAAACUUGUUGUUGUCAGGGAAAAUGGCGUCAAACGUAGAAGCCCCGGAGCGCUGGUACCUCGCCCUACUCGGCUUCGCGGAACAUUUCCGAACCUCCAGUCCUCCCAAAAUCCGCCUUUGCGUACAUUGUCUCCAAGCGGUGUUCCAGUUCAAGCCGCCGCAGCGGAUAGAGGCCCGCACGCACCUCCAGUUGGGCUCGGUCCUCUACCAUCACACCAAGAACAGCGAUCUGGCCCGCAGCCACCUGGAGAAGGCGUGGUACAUUUCUCAGCAAGUUCCCCAGUUCGAAGAUGUGAAGUUUGAGGCUGCGAGCAUUUUAUCGGAACUCUUCUGCCAACAGAAUUUAGUGGACUCUGCAAAGCCUCUUCUGCGCAAGGCCAUCCAGAUUUCUCAACAAACACCGUAUUGGCACUGCAGGUUGUUGUUCCAGCUGGCGCAACUUCACACACUGGAGAAAGACCUGGUGUCGGCAUGUGAUCUGCUGGGUGUCGGAGCAGAAUACGCCCGCGUGGUGGGCUCAGAAUACACCAGGGCGUUGUUUCUCCUCAGUAAAGGCAUGCUGCUGCUAAUGGAAAGGAAGCUGGGCGAAGUGCAUCCCCUGCUCACACUGUGUGGAACCAUUGUGGAGAACUGGCAGGGAAACCCCAUCCAGAAAGAGUCCCUGAGGGUCUUCUUCCUGGUCUUGCAAGUCACACACUACCUGGACGCUGGACAGGUGAAGAGUGUGAAGCCAUGUCUGAAGCAGCUGCAGCAGUGCAUCCAGACCAUCUCGACACUCCACGAUGACGAGAUUCUUCCCAGCAACCCAGCUGACCUCUUCCAUUGGCUCCCUAAGGAGCACAUGUGUGUCCUUGUUUAUCUGGUGACAGUGAUGCACUCCAUGCAAGCAGGUUACCUGGAAAAAGCACAGAAGUACACAGACAAGGCACUAAUGCAGCUCGAGAAACUAAAAAUGUUGGACUGCAGCCCCAUCCUUUCUACCUUUCAAGUCAUUCUGCUGGAGCACAUCAUCAUGUGCAGGCUUGUCACCGGGCACAAGGCCACCGCGCUACAGGAGAUCUCACAGGUGUGUCAGCUUUGCCAACAGUCGCCCAGAUUAUUCAACAACCACGCUGCCCAGCUCCACACUUUAUUAGGCCUCUACUGUAUCUCUGUGAACUGUAUGGAUAACGCAGAAGCGCAGUUUACCGCAGCCUUGAGGCUCACCACACACCAGGAACUGUGGACUUACAUUGUCACCAACUUGGCCAGCGUUUACAUUCGGGAAGGCAACCGACACCAAGAGUUGUACAGCCUACUGGAGAGGAUAAAUCCAGACCACAACUUCCCAGUCAGCUCACACUGCCUCCGUGCUGCUGCUUUCUACAUCCGUGGACUGUUGUCCUUCUUCCAAGGCCGCUACAAUGAGGCCAAACGCUUCUUGAGAGAAACCCUUAAGAUGUCUAAUGCCGAGGACCUCAACAGACUGACAGCUUGCUCGCUGGUUCUGUUGGGCCACAUCUUCUAUGUGCUGGGCAACCACAGAGAAAGCAACAACAUGGUGGUCCCAGCCAUGCAGCUAGCCAGCAAGAUCCCCGACAUGUCUGUGCAGCUUUGGUCUUCUGCGCUGUUGAAGGAUUUGAACAAGGCACUUGGGAACACAAUCGAUGCCCACGAAGCAGCCCAGAUGCACCAGAACUUCUCCCAGCAGCUACUGCAGGAUCACAUCGCUGCCUGCAGCCUCCCCGAGCACAACCUCAUCAGUUGGAUUGACGGCCCCCCUCCUGUCCAGAUCCAAGCCCAGAACGGUCCCACCACCAGCCUCGCAAGCCUGCUAUGAGGGAGACUGUGUGAGUGUGUGUUUGCGUGUGUGUAUGUGUGUGUGUGUGUGGUGUGUGUGUGUGCGCAGCUGGUACAUUCAGAUCACAACAAAUGAUAUCUACAAAGUUGGUAUCAUCAUUUUUCCAUCAAAUUUAAUUUUCCUGGUUCACUGCUGUCACAGUUUGAAUUUGCUCGAAAACAAUUACCACUACUGUUGUCGUCCGGUUCGAUCAGGACAUGUUUGGGCUGUUUGGUUUUUGAGCCGGGGGGGUGGGGUGGGGGGGGGGGGUGUGAACUCACGACUCUCUUGCCUUGCAAUUCUAAAGAUAAACGAAGCCCCCGUUAUUGUUGCCGCAGUCGGGUCGAAACUUGGUAUGUCCAAGGUCACUUUAAUAUUCUUUCACAGAUUGAUAGUUUUGGUCAAUCCCUAAAAAAUGUUUUAUGUCCCCCCUCCACCACAAAUCCUUGACCAAUGUAAAGUGUGGAAAAUGGCUUGCUGUCUUUGACGAUAUGUUAAUGGGAUCGACAAACAUGCAGUUUUUUUUUUUUUUUUUUUUUUUGUUUCCUGACAAUUGAUUGUUUUGGACGUCCGAAGCUUUGGCCCGCGCUCACGGUAUCGGAUCAUAAACAUUUGUUCCGGGGACUUUCUGAUACAUGAAAUAAAGAUUCCUCAUUUUCUUAUGAGCUUCUCCUCCAGAGGGCCGUCUACUUUUGCCAGCUUUGGUUUCCAUUUGGAGGGAAGACGAGGCGCUAGAUACACGCGAGGGUAGUAAAGAUGUAGAAGAAAUUAAUUUAUUCAUAUUUUUGUAUCUGUUAAAUAUUUCACGUCAUGCUUUCAUUUUUGUUGUACGAAUGCGUUUGUUUUCACGUGCAUGGAAGUUACGGAUGUUGGACUCCUUGUACAGUAGCAUAGUUUCUAACCUGGGUUUGCGAGUAAGAUAUACUCGGUAGAUAUUUUUUUGCACAAAAUCCAUAAUAGAGAAGUAAAAAAAGAUCUCUUGUAAUAUAUUUUCACACGAAAUAAUCAGUUGAGAUGCCAGAUUUUUGCAAAACUACAGGGAGGGUGCAUUUCUAAAAAAGUUCAGUAUUCAUUACGUGUGGAUCCGACAUCCAUGCUGAAUUUUUUUUUUAAAUAUUUCUUUGCUUUCGCCCUUCCGUAAUAUAUAUAUUAAUUUCUACAUUUUUUUUCUUUUUUCCAACAGUAAUCAUCAGGUCUUGAUAAUUUUUUGAAAAACAAAAAAAACUUUUGUUACAUUUUCAAUUUGUCCUGAUUAGUUUUUACUUGUUCUUUACAUUCUGUGUGUCUGAAUUUACCACUCACCGAAUCUUUUAUUGUACAGUGACAUUUUAUAAAAGUUAAUUUAGUAAAGUGUCAUGUAUUUUUAGCCCCUAAUGUAGAGAUUUCAACGCUUGGUAUUUAAGGCACUCUGGCAAGGACACGGUUUGAAGCUCGAGUACUAGUUAUAAUCUAUCAAUGAAUAUGUUUUUAAAUGCUCACGAUGUUUUCAAUAAUUUUUCCAAUAAAAAAAAAA